CGCACGCCACUGGCUCACAUGGGUUCUCAGCUGGUAUUGGAUGGAAUCGACACAGGAAAGUGAAUGCGCUGUUCCUAUUGGCCUGGCAGUGAAUUACUAAUGCGCGGGAAAAAAUGUAUCAGUUCUUGGAAAAUAGAAAACAACAAUUAGUGUAUUCUAAUAGUAAAAAGUAAUGAGUACAUUUACUUCAGUACAAUGUUAAGAUACUUUUCUCAUUACAUUUCUAUUUUAUUCUACUAUCGACUUCUACGGAGCCCGGGAGGUGACACCCGAGAGAAUUUUGAAAUGGGACCAUGUUUUUGCUCAGUAUGAUGUGGUCCAUCCUGUCUGUGGACAGCGCCCCCUUCUGGUCAGAGUUUGACCUGCAACAUGCUGCAGCAGCGGUCCAGACCUGGGGGCAGCGGGAAGCACCUCAGCGUCUCUGUUUCUGACUCCGUACCAUUUAAUCCAGCGGGACGAGCAGAUGGCGAGGGGAAAGUGGAAGCGUCCGGAUCUCUGCCGCUCGUUUUGUCUCUCAGAGCAGUUUGGUGAUGGUGAGCAAAUGUUUCCUGAGGACCUGGUAGACGACUGGAUGUGGUUGUAACCAUGCUCACGUCAGGAUGGGGGGUGUGGGCCCUCUCCCCCUGUGGCCUCGUGCUGGUCAUCUGCUCGUCUGUUUGUCUGUCCCUACAGCCUCAAGUCAAACUCGCAGACUGCGGCAGAAAGGAACAUCCUGUCGUCUCCUACCAAAUGUUAAGGCCGUGGAUGUCGGAGUUCUCCCGUCCAGGAGUGAAGGAUUUCUCCCAGCUGGCCCUGGACCUGAGCAGAAACCAGCUCAUUGCGGGAGCAAGAAACUUCAUCUUCAAACUGAGUUUGAGCAACGCCUCCCUCAUUCAGGCGACGGAAUGGGCACCCAGUGAAGAUACAAAGCGCUCAUGUCAGAGCAAGGGCAAAUCUGAGGAGGAAUGUCAAAACUACAUCCGGGUUUUGUUGAUCAGUGGGAGGACGCUCUUCACAUGUGGGACCAACGCGUUCACCCCCAUCUGUAUGACCAGAGAGAUUGGUAAUGUCAGUCAGGUUUUGGACACGGUGAACGGUGUCGCCCGAUGUCCCUAUGACCCGCGCCACAACUCCACCGCCAUGGUCACGGAGAAGGGCGAGUUGUAUGCUGCUACGGUGAUCGACUUCUCGGGACGUGACCCCGUCAUCUACAGGAGCCUGGGGAACAUUCCACCGCUGCGCUCCGCCCAGUACAACUCCAAGUGGCUCAACGAGCCUCAUUUUGUGUCUGUUUACGAGAUCGGCCGCUUUGCCUACUUCUUCCUGAGAGAGACGGCCGUAGAAAACGACUGUGGGAAGAUGGUGUUCUCUCGCGUGGCCCGGGUCUGUAAGAACGACAUGGGCGGUCGUUUCCUUCUGGAGGACACCUGGACCACCUUCAUGAAGGCCCGACUCAACUGCUCCCGCUCGGGAGAGAUCCCCUUUUACUACAACGAGCUGCAGAGCACUUUUUACUUACCAGAGCAGGACUUGAUCUACGGCAUCUUCACCACGAAUGUGAACAGCAUAUCAGCUUCAGCUGUCUGUGCCUUCAAUCUAAGCUCCAUCACCUUGGCAUUCAACGGACCUUUCCGCUACCAGGAGAACCCUCGCACUGCCUGGCUGUCCACCCCAAACCCCAUACCCAAUUUUCAGUGUGGCACGCUGGACGAGGGAGGCCCUGGGGGGAACCUGACCGAGCGCAACCUCCAGGACGCCCAACGACUCUUCCUGAUGAACGACGUCGUCCAGCCGGUGAGCGUCAACCCGCUGCUCACCCAGGACAACCUGCGCUUCUCCAAGCUCGUUGUGGACAUCGUGCAGGGUCGGGAAACUCUCUACCACGUCAUGUACAUCGGCACCGAAUAUGGCACCAUCCUGAAGGCUCUCUCCACGACCAACAGAAGCCUUCAGGGCUGCUACCUGGAGGAGCUCAGGAUCCUCCCCGAGGGGCAGAUCAGGCCAAUCAAGAGCCUGAAGAUCCUCCAGAGUGACAGGUCCUUGUUUGUGGGACUUGAUGACAGAUUGGUGAAGAUCCCGUUAGAGCGAUGCUCCGACUAUCCAAACGAACGUCUCUGCAUGGAGGCCCGGGACCCCUACUGUGGCUGGGAUCACAAACAAAAGCGCUGCACCACCAUCGCGGAGAGCUCCAACAUGAACCAGUGGACUCAAAACAUCACAGAGUGUCCGGUGAGGAACCUAACACAGGAUGGCGCUUUUGGUCCCUGGGCACCGUGGCAGCCCUGUAACCAUGAUGACGGCGAGGGCUCCAUCAGCAGCUGCGCAUGCCGGUCCCGCUCAUGUGACGGACCGGUGGCCCAAUGUGGUGGCGUCGCAUGCAAGGGCCCAACCAUUCAGGUGGCAAACUGUUCCAGGAAUGGCGGCUGGACUCCCUGGUCUUCGUGGGGCCAGUGCAGCAGCAGCUGUGGCAUCGGAUUCGAAGUGAGGCAACGUUCCUGCAACAACCCAUCGCCUCGCCACGGCGGUCGGAUCUGCGUCGGCCAGGGUCGAGAGGAGAGGCUGUGCAACGAGAAAAGGCCGUGUCCCCUGCCGGUGCUGUGGACGGCGUGGGGCCCCUGGGCUCACUGUAGUGCUGAAUGUGGAGGCGGCGUCCACUCCAGGACCAGGAACUGUGAAAAUGGAAACACUUGCCCUGGAUGUGCCACGGAGUUUAAGGUGUGUAACCUGGAGGCUUGCCCCGAGGUCCGCCGCAACACCCCCUGGACUCCCUGGAUGCCAGUCAACGUCAGUCAAAACGGGUCACGGCAGGAGCAGAGAUUCAGGCACACCUGCCGGGCGCUGCUGCCCGACCCCCAGCAGCUCCAGCUGGGCAAGAAGAAGGUGGAGACCCGCUUCUGUCCCAGUGACAGGUCUGGAGCCUGUCAGACUGACUCUCUGGUUGAAGACUUGGUGAAGAUUAGUGGUCGCACUCCGUCCCAGCCCCAAGAUGCUCGCUGGGGGUCCUGGGAAACAUGGUCCAGCUGUUCACAGCAGUGUUCCAGGGGCUUCCGAACCCGCAAACGUAGCUGCUCGACGGCAGAGGGCAGGACCAACCCGAGCUCCUGCGUAGGAUCCCCGGUGGAGUAUCAGGACUGCAACAUUCAACCCUGCCCAGUGAGUGGGGCCUGGUCCUGCUGGUCGUCCUGGUCCCAGUGCUCGUCAAGCUGUGGAGGUGGACACUACCAGCGGACUCGGACGUGCAGCAGCCCGCCCCCUGCUAAUGGAGGAGACAUCUGUAUAGGCCUGCACACUGAAGAGGCCCUCUGCAACACACAUGCUUGUGAAGGCUGGGGGGAGUGGACAGAGUGGGGGGAUUGCGAUGAGGAGGGUCUGCAGCGUCGCACUCGCAGCUGUGGUGAGGACCCGGCAGCUGAUGCCGGCCUCUGCCGUGGCAACGUCACCCAGUCCAGGCCGUGCCAGCCUCAUGAGGUGCCAGUCAUUUUACCCGGACAGGAGGAGCACAGCUGUGGAACCUUCACCUUGUUCCAGCUGGUUGCAGUGGGCUUAGCCAGUUUCUUUGCAGCGGCGUUACUGUCGGCGCUGGCCUACACCUCCUGCCACCACCUGAACCGGCCGUCUGCAGAGUCGGCAGUGAUCCACCCCAGCACACCCAACCACCUCACCUACAACAAGCCGGAUAACACCACGCCAAAGAACGAGAAGUACAUCCCCAUGGAGUUCAAGACGCUAAACAAGAACAACCUCCACGUGAAUGAGGAGACGUGCAACCACUUCCCCUCACCGCUGGCCUCCAGCAACAUGUUCACCACCACCUACUAUCCUCCCAGUCUAAGCAAGUACGACUUCCAUCCAGAUUCCCCAUGCAGGACGUACAUGCAGAGCUGAGAAGGAGCCAAACUCACCACAUCACCACCCUGAAGGAUUUCCUCACUCAAAACAAUUACACCAAGAUUUUGAAAGGUUAUACAAACACCAAAAUCACAAUCAUCAGGUUCCAGUCAGUAGUACAAUCUGUUAAUGAGAUUGGUUCAUGUAACAAUAUUCCUUUCAGUAGGUAUAAUCCACAGACAUCACUGUAAAAAGUUUAAACAAGACUAUUUCUUCACCAGAGAGUAGUUGAAAAUUCUGUGACAAAGGACGACCCCAAGAUCCAGGGAUCAACUACACUUCAGACAUUGUACUGUACCUGGAUUUUCACUGCGACUGAGAAGAGACUCAUCUCCUUGGUUAUGGACUCUGGUUUUUUCUUGUCAGGUGAGUUCAGAGGACUUACUAAUACUCUCUAUGGACUACACAGGCAGCUGGGACACUUCAGCGUGGGCCACCAUCAGCAAAGACUGAUGUCUGUGGAAAAAAACAGACAAAUGAUCAGGUUCGACAAAAUAUCCACACAGAAAAAUGAACAGAGACUCACAGAUUUCUGGCUUAUUCGCUUUAAUCUUCAUGUUUAGCAGCGUCCACAAUGGAAAACACUGAAGAGGACGUUUGUGGACAGGCCUCACCAGGUACCGAACAUCUCUGACUUUUCUGUCAGCAGAUCAGAUAAAUUAUUUUAUGGGUGUUCACGGAUGUCACUGUUUGAAUUUGUAUACAUCUCCUGAAACAAAGUGGUUGAUUUUGUCAUUUACUUCUGUUUUCUGGACGUUCAUGCGUAUACGGUAAUUGCUCAACAAUCACCAAAUACAAUACAGCUAUACCUGUAUAUUUCAGAGCCUCUCGCGAGCACAUGAACACACCAUAAUUCAACUGUGGCAUAAAUAACACAACUAUGUGCAUAACUGUGAUGGAUUAACUUGCUCAGCCAGGUUUAAAGUCUCUACAUCUUGUUUUUCAUAGUGUACGGAAAAGGGCGGAAAACAGCUGCUGCCUGGAUGGUAGGAAAAAUACAAUGUACUUUUCUAACUAGAAAAAAGAAUUAAAGCAACAUGAUAAGUUAUAACUUUUUAAAAACUUAUUAUAAAACAUGCGUUGAAACAAAAAAGUUACUAUCAUGGAAUAUAACUUUAUUUUUCGGACCACAAUUAAUAGCUAGGAAAUUUGGAGAGAAAAUGAAAUAAAGGAAAGAAACAUUACUUGACCUCCCACAAUCCAAAAACAUGUAAGUUAAAGUGUCCAUAGAUGUAAAUAUGAGUAUGAAAGAUUGUUUGUCUGGAUGUGAGUUUCCAUGCCUAUAAGAUUCAGAUGCUCAGAGUGGAUGAUUCUUGUGAAAAAACAGAAUCAUUUGGAACCAAUUGCAGGGGAACCGGAAUGUCUUUGAUUCCAUUGCUCCAUUUGAUAUUCAUGUUUCUGUUAUCACUGGAAAUGUUGUCUUAUAAUCAUAUUUUUAAUAUGUAAGCUUGUAUUUCUGCAUGUUGAAAUGCUGGACUUAAUUAAUUGGAAUUAAUCAACUGGAAAGUGUACCAGCUCUCUAUUUUCCUUAUGAUUAGUACCAAAUUAUGUUUACAUGAAGCACAUUGCAAAUAAUUACUUUCAUUCUGAAAGAAAAGUAGUCAAAAUAAAACUUAAAAAUGAAUAAAUAUCUUUUUCACAAGUUGUACUGCUGCUGUAGCCUCCUAACAAUAUGUUGUUUGUGUUAUGUUCCAUGACAGUAUUGUUGAUAUUUACGUUAGUCUUCGCUGUAAAAUGUAUAAUUCAUUCAGUAUCUCGUGCUUCUAAUGUGUAAAUACCAUGAAAUGAAUUCAGGUGCUUUUCACCGUUUGCGGUGUUAUUGUAACAUGAAACAAAAUAGCCCUGAUAAUAUGCGUGUUCACGUUCGGUUGCUUGCGUACACGUAACAUGCAUGCACUGUUACUCUCACAUGAAUAUACAAAACCUGUUUGUGUAACCUUUACAGAUAUGUUUGUAUGUAUUUGGCCAAGACAAUGGAAAUUAGAAAGUUGUGUUUUGUAUUUAAAGAACCCAGCGACCGUCUUUGUUGUGGAUUCUGAAUCACAGUUCCACAUUAGGUACAGUAAAUCCUCCACAGCUUGGUGAUGAAUCCCCUAAAUGGAUUUGUAUUGCUCCCCCAAAAACACUCCUGCUGAAUAUGAUUGGUGUGAAUAUGACUAAACACUGCCUUUUGGACACUGUGAACUUUUGUUACUCUAUAUUUUUUAUAAUGUACACUGUAAAAAAGCAAAAGUUGAAUAAAUGAAUUUUGGUGGCAAUAUUUA